AUGUCAUUAAUAGAAAAAUACAAAUUAUUGAAACGUGAAGGAUCAUCAAUUGAUCGUCGGAACUAUAUAUUAUCUUUAGUAGACAAAAGAGAAAUAGAAACAUUUUUAAAAAGAUCAUCUAUUACAUCUUAUGAUGAUUUACAAAUGUUGAUAUUUCUAUCGAAAUCAACAAAAAAUCAAACGAAUCUUUACGAAAUCUUCAAAAAUGAUUCAUUACUAGUUUGUCAACGUGCUGAUGCUGCUAAAGCAUGGCUUCGAUUUCAACAAGAUGAAAAACAAAUUCAUCAAUUUGUAGUUGAAACAAUGAUGGAUUUAAAUAUACCUCGACUUAUAAAACAUCAAAUUCUUAAAUGUCUUCAUCAUAUUCAUUAUUUAAAAAUAUCUUCAUCAUUCUUUUAUGAUCUUGUUUGUCAUUUAACUAAAUUCUUUCAUCAUAAUGAAUUUAAUAUUGAUGCUCAUAUAUUACCAUUUUGUUCAUCAAAUCAAAUAAUGAAACUUCUUUCUCAAUGGUCAUUAACACGUUAUAGUCAAAUUCAUUUUUCAUCAUCAUUUCAUUCGAAAUUAAUUCGUUAUCAACCUCUUAUUAUUAUUUAUUUAAUUAAAGGUGAUUUAAUAGAUAAAUAUACGAAUUAUGAUGAAUUACGAAAUUAUUUUCGUCAACAUAAAAAAUUAUUAGAAUUUUUAGCAAGAAAAGAAUCUAAAGCAAUGUGUCAAUUAGCAAUUGAAUAUGUUAAUCAAUUAGAUAAACAUAAAAGAUUUUUACCAGGAUUUAUUAUAUCUGAAGAAAAACGAAUGUUUGAUAAAGCUCCAGAUGAAAUGAUUCAAUUGAUAGCAUUAGUUGCUUCUCAUCAACCAGGUAUAAUUAAAUACGAAUCACCAUGGGAUUAUUCAGGCAUUGAACUUUCUGUUCUUAAUUUUCCUCGUUCAUUUUCAAUAGGUAAUUAUAUUCGUCUCUUUUUUAUAUUAUAUGAUACAUGUAAAUGGUCUCUAAAUGAUAUACACAAUCUCGUUUCCUAUAUGUUAAUUAAUGAUGUAAGAUCAAAAAAAGUGUCAAUACUUCGUCAACAACGCAAAUGGUUUUUUGAUAUUGUUGUUGAAAAACGUAUUGGUAAAGAAGAAUUUCUAAAUAAAUUAUUAAGCACUAAUAUAGAAAUUUCUUUACAUGUAUUAAGUGAUUAUACUGAAUUACGUAUACCAUUAGUUCGACAUUUAGUUGAACGAUAUGAUCAAUCUGAUAUAAUGAGUCCUGAACAACGUGCAUCUUUUCUUCGUUAUGAAUUAAUGAAUUCAGAAAUUUUCAAUCAAUUUUUAUCACUUUUUCAACAAUCUGGUUCAGAUGCUAAUUCAAGAAAACGAAUGUAUUCAUUUUUUCUUCAAUGUGCUAUUUCAACAGAUCAAAAAAGUGUAAAUAAUGCUCUUCAAUGGAUGAAAAAACGUUUUAUAAAUGAACAAUUGAGUGUUAUUGAAUAUUUUCUACGAAAUUUAUCUCAAUAUAAUGAACAAUUUCAUUUAGAAUAUUUACCAGAUAAUUUCAACAUAAUCGAAGAAAUUAUGGAUAUUGCUUUUAAUCAUUUACAAAAAACAUUAACUACAGUAGAAACAAUACUUGCAUAUGGAUUUUCAUUGUUGAUUCUAGCAGAACAUUACCAAAAUAAACAACAACAAGAAAAAGUACAAGAAUUUGCAAGCAAGAUUAUUAAACGAUAUUAUUCUGUGAAUGCUAAUUUUCCUGAUGAUAAUGUAUUAUUAUAUCGAUCAUUUCCAAUAGCACGUAAUCUUUUUGCAAAUAUUUUAAUAUCACAUAUAUUUCCGAAAUUAAUUUCAAAAUGUUUAAUAAUUGAAAUAAAUAAUUUAUUAUUGAAACAUUUCGACAAUGUUUGGCGUCUGACUCAAAUUGAUUCUUUUCUUUAUUCAUUCUUUUUUGAACAUUUACGUUAUUCAACACAAUUACAAUCUGCAUUUGAUAUUAAUGAACAUUCUUUUCUUAUUUCAUUGUUACUCAAACCAAAAUCAACUCGAUUAGAACGUAUUCAUCAAUUAUUAAAUGAUAUUGAUCAAAUAUUUUUCUUUCAUAUUGAUGUUCAACGUAUUAUUUUAUAUUCUCAACAAUAUCGACAGUUCAUUGAUAAACUUCUAGAAGAUGAAAAAUGUGUUGAUGUCAAUAAACUUUCGAACAAACAAACCAAUUUAAAUUCAAAUAUACAAAAUAAAAAACUACCUGGAUUCAAUAUAAAUAUAUCAAUUAAGUAUUAUUAUCAAUUGACAGGACAACAACAAGAACGUAUAACAAAAAUCAUAUUGAAUGAUUAUCUUCAGGAUACAGAUGUAACUAAUCUUGAAAAAUUGAAAUCAUUACAUGUUCUUAAUCGUUUAUCUCAUACAUAUCAUUAUACAAUUGAAUGGAUUGAGAAAAAUGAGAAUCUUUUCUCGUCAGUAGUAACUAAUGCUUCUUCAUGUAAUAAUGCUGGUCGUGGUGCAAAUAUUCAAGCAAUUAAUAAUUAUAUUUUAUCUUUACCAGCUAUUUUUGAUCUAUCUUCACAAGAUUUACAUAAAGAAUUCCAUCGGCUUAAAGAGAAAUUGAAUGCAUCGAAUACUACAAUUAUUCGGAAUGCUUUAUUAAAUAUUUCACAAAAAGUAACUGAUCAAUAUUUUUUACAGCAUUUUAUUGAAUUCAUUCAUAGUGAACAUUUUUCAAAAUUGGGUAUUACAACGAACAAAGCAAUGCUACGUUUAUUGGUUGAAUAUCGUUAUAAUUCAAUGUUGAUAACAUCAGUUUUAAAACCUUUAUGGGAUAGUCGACCUCAUCCAGAUAUUCGUACUUGUCUUGUCAAAGUUCUACUCGAUUUUAUUAAUGAGUCGAAUAUAAAGGAUGAAAAAUCAGUAGUUUGGUUAAUUCUUGAACAAGCUGCACAUGAUGACUAUGAUCCUGUAGUAUUAGCUCUAUUUGGUGCAAAUGAUAAAGGAAUUUGUCGAUCAUCAAUCGGACUAAAAGAUUCAUCUACUAAUCUUGUUCAGAUUUUUGUUCAACGAGUUCAAAUAAAAAUUUUAGAUCAUCCAACAUCAUUGACAGCACGUAUAUGGGCUUGGCCUUUACUUGACAGCCAAUAUUGUAAUAUGAACAUAGUCAUAGAAAAAGCUCGACAACUAUGUAUUCAUUUUGAUAAAAAUGCAAAUAUUUUAUGGAAAAAAGCUUUCGAAAAAAUAUUAGCAAUUUAUAAAGUAAAAAGAAUAUCAGCUAAUGAUAUUAUAAAUUUUAUUCAAUCAAUCAUAGAUUACGAAAAGAAGUUAGAUUAUUCAAACGAAAAUAAUCUUCAUGAUCAAAGUGAUUUACGAAUUUAUUGUCGCAUUAAUGAACUUUUAGAAAUUUUCAUUUCUUCAAUUGGUGAGAUUGAUCAACAAGAACGACAAUGUUUUCAUUCUUUGGCUUUAUCAAUUCUUCAAUGUCAAGUAACAAGAGCUCCUUUAAUUGGAAAAUUCCUAAUGAAAAUGGCUCAAAACAAAGAAGAUCUCGAAGAAAUACUAAUUAUUUUUCAACAAUAUUUAUCUUCUGUCUAUUUUGAACAUACACUUCUUAAAUUAGCAUCGUAUCUUGGUGAUAAUGAUGGCUCUUGUCCUUUCGUACAACAAUUGAGUAUAGAUGAAAAAUUUCAUCUCGCUCUAUGGUUUAUCAAUGAAAGGAAUCAACCAUUGUUUGUUUUUGAUCUACUGAAAAAUCAACUAUUUAAUAAAACAAGUAUUGAUAAACAACAAUGUCAAGUUCUUCUUCGUCAAAUGAGACAAAGUUCGAAUUUACUUUUACGUCAGCAAGUACUUGAAUAUGUAAUACCUUGGAAACAAGAUGGAACUCUCAAUAUUGAUGACACAUAA